ACUGGCAUGGUGAUCGUGCAAGGGUUAAAUUUUCUUCAUAAUACGUCACUAUUCUCGUUCUCGGUCUUACCAUUCGUUUGCACUGUGUACUUCCGAUGCCGGUAAUCGGAACUUUGUAUUUUGUUUGUGUAAAGUCCCUACAAACUUGCCCACCUGAAUAAAUUUAGGAUUGUUCUAUUCUUUUAGUUAGGACUGCUGAAAUUUUAAAGACUUUCAGCAAUACCAGGAAUGCUAAAUUUUGUUCAAAGCUGAACAGUUGCCAGUUUGAAGAGGAUUGAAAUACUUUUAGUAGAUCUCACCAAUUCUAAGAUAUUUUCUUAGAAAUAACCUGUGAUUGAAAAUGGGCAAAGGGGCUCAAGGUGAAUCGAAUGGAGUAGCAGUAAAAAGACAACUAGAAGAAUUUACUUGGGAUGUCGUAAAAGAAAAAAAUACUAGGGAAGAAAAAUGGUUAGUUAUUGAUGGUGAAGUGUAUAAUAUUACACGUUGGGUUAACAGGCAUCCAGGAGGACCAAAAGUUAUUGGCCACUAUGCUGGUCAAGACGCAACAGAUGCUUUCAGGGCUUUUCAUAAUGACCUGAAUGCAGUAAAAAAGUAUAUGAAGCCAAUUCAUAUUGGAAGUUUAAAGAAGUGUCAGAUAGAUGUUAAACCUGUUGAGCAAGAGUUUAGAGAGCUUAGGGAAACAGCCGAAAAGAUGGGCCUGUUUAAGCCAAAUUAUCUCUUUUUCUUCCUGCACAUGUUCCACAUUUUGUUUUUAGACUGGGCAGCAUGGGCUACUAUGUACUAUUUUGGUACCAGCUGGAUUCCAUAUUUGAUUUCACUAGCUUUGAUUACUACUGUGGAGGCUCAGUGCAGCUGGCUUCAGCAUGACUUUGGUCAUUUGUCAGUGUUCAGAAAGACCAGGUUGAACCAUGCCUUACAUUACUUUGUUAUGGGUAUGAUGGAGGGUGCUUCUCCAUCAUGGUGGAAUCACAUGCAUUAUCAGCACCAUGCAAAGCCUAAUGUGAUGGGCAAAGAUCCUGAUGUUCGUAUUGAAGCUUUGUUUGUUGUUGGAGACAAAAUGCCUGUACAAAUGGCCAAAAAAUACAAGAAAAGCAUGCCUUAUAAUUGGCAGAAUUAUUAUUUCUUUCUUCUUGGACCACCACUUCUAUUCCCAGUAUAUUUCCAGGUUCUGUUGUUUAAAUAUAUAUUUUCCAGGAAGGCAUGGAUGGAUCUUCUAAUGGUGAUGAUUUUCUUUGCAAAAUUUUUCUACUUGUAUACACCAAUGCUGGGACUUGGACAUGCCAUAGCUUUCUACUUUACAUUCAGAUGUUUAGAAAGCCAUUGGUUCACCUGGGUUGCCCAGUCAAACCAUAUCCCUAUGGAGAUUGAUCACGAUACUGCUUUGCCAUGGUUGCCCUUACAGCUUCAGGCUACAUGUAAUGUAGAGCAAAGUUUUUUCAAUGACUGGUUCACAGGGCAUCUCAAUUUUCAAAUAGAGCAUCAUUUAUUUCCCACAAUGCCAAGACAUAACCUGGUUAAGAUUGCUCCCCUGGUAAAGUCACUGUGUGAAAAACAUGGAGUCUCUUAUCAAGUCAAACCUUUGGGUACUGCUUUUGCUGAUAUAGUAAGAUCUCUCAAGCACUCAGGAGAACUCUGGUAUUCCACGUAUCAAGCUUACCAUGAGGCUGUAGCUUCCUGAUUGCAACACUGAAGCAUAUUUCUAUACAUAUUUUUGCUAGUUUAAAAAAAAAUAUGCAUAUAGUCAAUGCACGCAAAGGAAUACUUAAUAUUUUAAUUAGUUAACUGAAUACCGAUGCCUUGAGAAAAAUAGGCCAAUAACUAAAACAGAUUUCUUUUGUUACAUUUCACUAGCAGUUUUAUAAGUUUAUUGUAUAGUCAGCAGCUUUUUAAUGCAGGAAAAUUUAUUUACCUUCAGUUUUAACAGAUAAAAAUUUUGGAAAACUGAUCAUUAAGAAAUGCUGUAUAUUUCAACAUAAAAUCUACAUAAUCCAUGUAAAAUAUAUUUUGUGUGAAUAAAUGCUGUUAGUUGUUACAAGGAAAUUUUUCUACAGUACAUUCUUACUACUUACUUUAAUGGGAGACACCCCCAAUCCUCUCUAGCUAGUAUUAGUGAAAUUAAACUGCUAAAUACACUUCAUUUUUCUGUGUAAAUUAAAUUACUUUUUUUGAAAGUCACAAAUAAAAUUGUUUAUUUGUGCAAACACAUUUUUGGCUGUUAUGAUUUUCUAUUUAUUCAAUCAGGAAUGUCUCCAACUGUUGGUAAAAUUUAACAAGUCAUUAUUUAUUCAAGGAAUAAAAAAGUUAUUUUUAAAAAAAAUGAACAAACCAAUUGUCAUGGUUGAAUGUUGCUAGUUCUAGCUUUUGUGUGUCUUUUCAGAGUUGUAAAGGGGAAAGAAUAUAUAUACAACUGCAUGUAAUUUAUUUACUUUGAAAACUAAAAUUUCAUUUUUUAAAUUAAAAAUAAAAUAAUGGUUAGAAAAUUUUACCACUUAUUAAAAGUAAAAAAAAAGUGUAAUGUUUGUAGGAGUAUAGGCUUAAAGAAUAAAAAGAAAUAAAGUGAAAAUGUUUGCAAAUUAAGCCUGCUUCAGUUGCAAAUAUGAUUUAUUUUUCAUUAUUGGAUAUCACAAGACAUUUUUCUUAGUUACUUCUGUAGGCUUUUCAAAGACUUGUUUUAAAAGAUUUUUUUUCUUGUUAGGGGUAUUUGUGGUAUUUCUUUUAUGCACACUUUUUUUUUUCAGAUGAAUUGUCUUUUUUUUUGUUCUUUGUAAUGCCCUAAAUUGUCUUUGCUUAUUAAUCUUUUUUGUUUCAUUUUAAAUUUAUUUUUGUUUUUUUACAUAUUGGUAAAGUAAAUAAAAUAAAAAAUAGAAUUAGUAAUUAUCAGUUGUUAUUCUUGCUUCCAUGUAUAGCUUGUCAUAACUGAACAAAUAAACCCAUUUGAGGCUGAUUUUUCUUUUGUUGAAAAAAUUGGACUGCUGUUUCUUAAGCUACACAAUUUUUAGAUUUAUAAUCAAAGGCAAAUUAAAAAGAUUUGGAAGCCUUCAGACUGCUAUAUUGAAACAAUAACCAAUCGCGUUUUGAAAUAGGUAAAAUAAAAUCUUAUGCGUGGACUUGCUUUAUAUAAAAAUAAGUUAAAAAUACCUAAUAGGUGUCUCCCAUUAAACAAUAAGGUACCAGUAAUUUAUGUUUUUCUAGCUUUAAGAUACAGCUAACUUAAGUCACCAAGAUGAUCAUGCAAGUAAAUCAAGUGAAUUUAUUAAAUACAAUAAUAAUUCAACUCUGUAUGCUUAGAUAUUGGUUUGCUGCGUUGAGAUCAUGUUAAUUAAAAUCUAUUUUAAAGUACAAUGUUGGUUUUUUUUUCAAUUCUAAAUGUGAAAAUACUUUUUAGCAAUUAGUUUCAUUUAUCUUUUUUUUUAAAAUGUAAUGUGUCUUAUUCAAGAUAAUAGUUGCAUUUUAUAAAUUAAAAGUUUAAUGAUACUUUUGCUUUUUCCAUUGUUUAUUUUAAAUGUUAGUUCAUUCAAUUUUAUUUUUUUCCCCCUGGAAAUAGUCUUAAUUUUGGAUUUUUAUUUUUAAAGUGGCCUGGAAGUAAGUAAAUGCUUUGAAAAUGUACAUAAAAACUGCUAAAUUUUUUGACAAGAUUUUUUUUCCCUUCUAUAUUUAAAAAAAUGACAUUAACAUUUUUCAAAGCAGAUCUUUUCUAAGACAAAGAUUAAAAUGAUGUAAGAUCAGGCCAUAGAUCUCAUAAAUAUCAGGUGGUCACUACUUUCAUACCUUUUUGUUCUUUGCUUUGAAGUAUUUUUUUUUAAACUCAUAACCUGCUAAUUGGUGCAGUACUACAAAGCACUUAACGUUUGUAUACUUAGGUUAAUUUCUGUUUAUAAGCAGAAGACUUAGAUCUAUGUAUGGCGUUUAUUUUAAAAACCAUUAUAUAUUUUAUUGGCUUUGAUUUUUGAAAAUUUUCAAAACGAAACCAAAUACAAUAGGCUUUUUGAUUAAUAAUACUGUUGUCACAUUAAUUCAAUGAGAGUUAUUUCUAUUUUUAGUGUUGUAAAUUGUGAAGAAAUUGUUUACAGCAUAUAUUUGUUCUUUAACUUGAAAUUUACUUGAUACAUAUGGUUUCAAUAAUUUACUACACAGCAAAGCACAAUUUUUAUAUUUGAUAUGCAAGCCAUGCGAGACAAGGUGUGAAGAAAAAAUUCAGAAUGUAGUAGGUAAAAAUCAAAAGAAAACAAUCAAAGUAAUUAUAAAUUAAAUAAUUAUAGAACUUUUUUGUCAGAAUGUCUAAAAUAUAUAAGCUCAAAUUCUAAAACUAGGAUCAGUUUUUAAAAAAACCAAUUUAUUGUGUGCAUCUUUCAAAUUUUAUACUUUUAGCUAUGUAAUAAUUUGUAAUCAAUUCAAAUAAAGUAUCGCAAUAAGUGAAUAAAAAGAAAUUCAUGUUUUUCUGUAAUAAAGUAUAUUUUGAUUGUGAA